CAAUCGCCUCACCACCAAAACAUCCCCCACCGCACACCCACAAUGGCCGCCCUGCCCGCCUCCCUCUUCCGAUGGGCCGUCCCCGCUGCCAUCGGCGCCUCCGUAAUCCAGUCGUCCAUCUACGACGUCAAAGGCGGCACGCGGGCCGUCAUCUUCGACCGAGUAUCCGGAGUAAAAGAAACAGUCGUCAACGAGGGCACACAUUUCCUGGUUCCAUGGCUGCAACGGGCGAUUGUGUAUGAUGUGCGCACAAGGCCAAGGAAUAUCAGCACCACGACAGGCAGCAAGGAUUUGCAGAUGGUUACGUUGACGCUGAGGGUGCUGCAUCGGCCGGAGGUUAAGAUGUUGCCUAAGAUUUAUCAGAAUCUCGGCCUCGACUACGACGAGCGCGUGCUCCCCUCCAUCGGUAACGAAGUCCUCAAAGCCAUCGUCGCGCAAUUCGACGCCGCAGAGCUCAUCACCCAGCGCGAAGCCGUCUCCAACCGCAUCCGCACAGACCUGCUCAAGCGCGCCAACGAAUUCAACAUCGCCCUCGAAGACGUGUCCAUCACACACAUGACCUUCGGCAAGGAAUUCACCAAGGCGGUUGAAGAGAAGCAGAUCGCCCAGCAGGAGGCUGAGCGCGCGCGCUUCAUCGUCGAGAAGGCUGAGCAGGAGCGCCAGGCGAAUGUUAUCCGUGCGGAGGGCGAGGCCGAGGCCGCGGACACAAUUAGCAAGGCGGUGCAGAAGAGUGGUGAUGGUCUGGUUUUGAUCAGGCGGAUCGAAACGCAGAAGGACGUCGCGCAGUUGUUGGCGCGGAAUCCGAAUAUCAGCUACUUGCCUGGAGGUGGUUCGGGCGAGGGGGGCAAGGGCGGAGGCAGCUUCUUGCUAGGAUUGAGGAACUAGGUGGGAGUAGGAAACGAAAGAUGGGAAAGGAAUAAGCCAGUGACGAAGGCGUGAUGAUGUGUACUUUUAGGGGAAAUGGCAUGGAUUACACUUCUCUGCUAGGAAUCAGCAUGUCUACUC